GGGAGGCUGUUGCUGGACCCACUGAACACCUGUGACAAGCCAGGGCCAAGGAACUGCAGUCCUCAACCAGCCGGAGGGUUUGCACCCAAACUCAUCACGCUCCAUCCAGACCAGCCUCCCCAUCCCCUCCCCGCCACGCCAGCACGCCUGUAGCCCCGGCAAGAGCCGCAACCACUUUGCCAAGAUGUCCAAAGUAGCCAAGUAUCGCAGGCAGGUGAGCGAGGACCCUGACAUCGACAGCCUGCUGUCUACCCUGUCCCCCGAGGAGAUGGAGGAGCUUGAAAAGGAACUGGACGUGGUGGACCCCGAUGGCAGCAUCCCCGUGGGGCUGAGGCAGAGGAACCAGACCGACAGACAAUCCACGGGCGCCUACAACCGAGAAGCCAUGCUCAACUUCUGCGAGAAGGAGACCAAGAAACUCAUUCAGAGGGAGCUGUCCGUGGACGAAGGCAAGCAAGCGGGGAGCAAGACGGAUGCCAAGAACGGAGAGGAAAGGGGCAGAGAUGCCAACAGAAAGGCCCUGGGCCCCAGGCGGGACUCAGAUCUGGCGAAGGAGCCAAAGCGGGGCGGCUUAAAGAAAAGCUUCUCCAGAGACCACGAGGAAGCGGACGGCAGAAGUGGGGACAAGGCCAAGGAGGAGAAGGUGAUCAGGGGCAUCGACAAGGGCCGGGUCAAGGCUGCGGUGGACAAGAAGGAGGCCGGGAAGGAUGGGAGAGGAGAAGAGAGGUCGACGCCCACGAGGAAGGAAGAGGAGAAGAAAGGGAGCGCCGACCCGGGCAGGGGCAGGGACAGGAAGAGAGAGGACGUGAAGGAAGUGGUCGAGAAAGAAGACAGCAAGAUGGCCGUCGGGGAAAGCAGGAAGGGGAACACCAGACAAGAAGAUGAGAAGGUGAAGAAGGCCAGCCCGGGCACGGACACAAAAAAAGAGGGUGAGGGGGCACAAAGAGGAAGCGGGGACGGGCAUACCCAAAAGGAGGAUGGAAGAGUCCAGAAGGACGGGCCCCCAAAUGAAAAGGAAGCCAAGGAAGAGGAGAAGCCCAAAGCCACCGAGAGGCAGCCCCCCAGCGGGCCCAGCAAGCCCUCGGAAGGGCCCGCCCGGCCGGAGGAGGAGGCGGCCCCCAGCAUAUUCGACGAGCCGCUGGAGAAAGUGAAGAAUAACGACCCGGACAUGACCGAGGUGAAUGUGAACAACUCAGACUGCAUCACCAACGAGAUCCUGGUCCGCUUCGCCGAGGCCCUGGAGUUCAACACGGUGGUCAAGGUGUUCGCCUUGGCCAACACGCGAGCCGACGAUCACGUGGCCUUUGCCAUCGCCAUCAUGCUCAAGGCCAACAAGACCAUCACCAGCCUCAACCUGGACUCCAACCACAUCACGGGCAAAGGCAUCCUGGCCAUCUUCCGGGCCCUCCUGCAGAACAGCACGCUGACCGAGCUGCGCUUCCACAACCAGCGGCACAUCUGCGGGGGCAAGACGGAGAUGGAGAUCGCCAAGCUGCUCAAGGAGAACGCCACCCUGCUCAAGCUGGGCUACCAUUUUGAGCUGGCUGGGCCCCGCAUGACCGUCACCAACCUGCUCAGCCGCAACAUGGACAAGCAGAGGCAGAAGCGGCUGCAAGAGCAACGGCAGGCCCAGGAAGCCGGCGGAGAGAAGAAGGAUCGGCUGGAGGUGCCCAAAGGUGGGGCCCUGGCCAAGGGCUCCCCCAAGCCUUCACCCCAGCCUUCCCCACAGCCCACUCCCAAGAACUCACCCAAGAAAGGGGGUGUUCCCGCCGCCCCGCCCCCUCCUCCCCCUCCCUUGGCUCCUCCCCUUAUCAUGGAGAACCUGAAGAACUCACUCUCACCGGCUACCCAGAGGAAGAUGGGGGACAAAGUCCUCCCUGCCCAGGAGAAGAACUCACGUGACCAGCUCCUGGCGGCCAUCAGGUCCAGCAACCUCAAGCAGCUGAAAAAGGUGGAGGUGCCCAAGCUGCUUCAGUAGGGCCCGGCUGCUAGGCACGGGUGCCAAGGCCGCGGCUGCUCGGGCUCGCACGCCAGGGCUGCGCAGACCCCGCCCACCCCACCCUGGCUGACCUGCCGUGGCGCCCCCUGUGCUGCCACCGGAGAGCCGGGCCCGGGCCGCUUUCCAGGGAAGAUGCCUCAUCUCUGCUUAUUUCCCUUUUCUUGUCUCUGAAGCUCUCCGAACGUUGCUUUGACACCUGGGGCUGAGGGUUCUUGGAUAUGGAGAGUCCUCCCUCACCAUGGAGAGAAUGGCACUUCUCAGGGCCCGUGUGACUGCACCCUGAAAAAGGCCUCUGAUCUCACAGAGAUGCCCUCCCCCCCACCCCCGAGAGAGAGACCACACACCCACCCAGCCCUUGCCCUCCAGGGCCAGGAUUCAGGCCUCUGUGGAGCCCUGGGGGCAAAGCUGCAGGGAGGGUGGCGCUCUGUGGGACCGUGGCAGAGCGUGGCGGGCCGGCCUGGGGACCCCAAGGCAGAGCAGGAAGGGCCAGGGGUUCCCGCACCAGGAGCAGCUGGCCUGGACAGACGGUGCCGGGGGGAGAACAGGUUCCAGAUGGGAGCAGAGGGACAGACAGCAGCUGGACUCGAAGGUUCGAUGCCAAAGCAGACAUUUUCUUCACACCCACCUGCUGUUGUAUAAAGAGCUGUGUAUCUGUUUUUCCAUAAGAUUUUGAUAAUAUAUACAGACCCUUA